AUGCAUAUGCAUAUCAACUCAGACAAAAAACAAAAUGGAAACAUAAACUACCAUGACAGUGGUGAGAUGGUUGUUCUUUCACAGUUUGUAAACGUUCUUGUAGUUGUUACGACAUGGCGUUAUAUGGUGAGUUUAGUUGGUUUGAAUGGGCUUAGUGGUGGUGUCGGAAGAACCUUGGAUCUGGUGUUUUAUGGUUACGUUUGUGGUGUUGAUGAGUUUUCGGUGGUUACAAAACAGAUGGAAGUGAUGGAGGUAAGGAAGGGUGAAGGAAAGGUUUGUUCCAGUAGAGUGUGUAUGGUGAUGUUGUUGUCAUGGUGGAAUGGUUUACCGCGGAGGAUGAAAAUGAGGUUGUAA